CCUGCUUCCAGCUGCAGCAUUGACAGACGGACCGAAAACAAAAUGAUAGUUCAACUUCACUGAUGAGCUGUGAUCUAAUGACAGCGUUAUUAUCGCAUCCCGACACAUUUCAGUGACUGCUGAUUUAAAUGUCAUUUGUCUGGACCUGAGCCGUGUGGCAGUGACAGAAAACCAAGAUGCAGUUCUCUCCCAACAACGGAGAUUUCACGUUCGUCUCUUCGACUGAGGCUGAAGAGCUAAGCGGCACCAUCAGUUCCCCAGACAUUAAACUAAACAUGGGCAGUGACAGUGGUAAAGACCCAUAUGCCACCACCUUUCUGAGGCAACGAGGCUACGGCUGGCUACUGGAGGUGGAGGAGGAGGACAGUGAAGACAGCAAACCUCUUUUGGAGGAGCUGGACAUUGACCUGAAGGACAUCUAUUACAAGAUUCGUUGUGUACUGAUGCCAAUGCCAUCACUGGGUUACAACCGGCAGGUGGUCAGAGACAACCCGGAUUUCUGGGGCCCUCUAGCUGUGGUGCUGCUCUUCUCCAUGAUCUCCAUCUAUGGACAGUUUAGGGUCGUGUCUUGGAUUGUCACCAUCUGGAUAUUUGGGUCACUAACGAUUUUCCUUCUGGCCCGUGUUCUUGGUGGUGAAGUUUCCUACGGCCAGGUUCUUGGAGUGAUUGGAUAUUCCCUUCUUCCUCUCAUCGUCAUAGCCCCCCUGCUCUUAGUGAUUGGGGGGUUCGAGGUUGUGUCUACACUAAUCAAACUGUUCGGAGUGUUCUGGGCUGCGUACAGUGCUGCUUCACUGCUCGUCGGAGAUGAAUUUAAAACGAAGAAGCCCCUUCUCAUAUACCCCAUCUUCCUUUUGUAUAUCUACUUCCUAUCACUAUAUACUGGUGUGUGAUGGGUUGAGUUGAAACUUUGGACCUUUUAAUGGACAGUGACCCAGGAGCAUGGGGGUGAAAAGUCAAACUACGGAACCAAGAUUUUUUUUUUUUUAAAGGUGUUUAUUUCUUUUUUAACUCUGUUAAACUCUAGAUGACGGGGAAUGCCUGGAAUAUAUAUCAAUGUAUAUAGUUUUAUCCCUUUUGUCUUUGGUCAAUAAAAAGCAUAUGUUCUUACAGCUUCAA